CCCAGAACCACCUCCGCAGCAUCAUCACCGUUGAACGCGAUUUUACCCGUCGCAAACCGCUGCACCACGUGAUUCAACCCUCGCGACCUGUAAAAAAAUCGUCGCCAACCUCGGAACCAGUCGGCGAAGAGCGAGCAUUCCCAGCGCGGUCGCGUGUCACUGCGAGUCGCCGAAGCGAAAUCCGAUCAACCCGUCGUCGGAUCCCCCAGAACCCGCAAGGGCGACUGGCUGGGGCUGCCGGUAGUGUCUGGCGCGUGCAACCUCAACCGACCCAACCGACCGCACGCAGUAUCGCCGGCAGCACCGGUCCUCUUCGCUGGCCGGAGCUGGCACUUGGCUGAUCGUGGCGCCGAUUCAUCUGGUCCAGAACCGCGGCGGGCCCCUCGGUUCUCCGGGGGGUGCAGUCUGGGGCAUGACUACAUUGGCGACGGCAGCAGCGACACCGCGCACGCCGAGCACGCUCAGCACGACGCACACGCCGCUCGAAGCGCUCCUCUUGUUCCGUGGGGUCGCCGAGUACGGCCUCGACGACGAUUCCGUCUUCACCCGCAUCUCCGAAGCCCUCCAGAACAACCGCCUCAUUAAGGGCGAUCCCUCGAACGAUGGCAGCCGACUGAAACCUGAGGCGCUGCGGGAUCUGUUCCUGCGGCUGGUGCGGGAGGAACUGAGGACAGAGAGCGAGAGCACACCUGGCCCCGAUGGCGCCCUGUCGCCAGCUUCCAAGAAGCGCAGGCUGCAGUCCCCCCAGCUCCUGACCCUGCAGGACGUCCGCCGACAUAUCGACGAGAUCGCGGCCGCUGGCGAGAAAGCCCACAACGCCUACGUGCAGCAGGCAGUCGACGAGAUUCGGCAGCUCGAGGCACGGUAUGAAUCGGUGCUGGGCGAGAUACGUGAGCUGGAGAAGCAGGGUGUGGAGGAACCUGACGGCGAGUCGAAACCGCAGGGCUUGGGAUCUCUUCAGGAUGUUGCAGGAACACGCGAGGCAGCUGCUCCGUCACCCGGGACCUCGCCCAGGCCGCCGCAAAUACCGAUCCCGCCUGCGGUUCCUCCACAACCCCAGCGGACCUUGCAGCCCUUGCUGCCGCAUCCGCCACCACAGCAGAACGGCCCUUCCCCGCCGCAGCAGGCGCCCCCCGAGAAGGUGGCCCCCGCCUCCCAGGUGGUGCGCUCCCCGCAGGUCAGCCAACCGGAAGUUGGGCAAGCUCCUCCGCCGAAGCCCGCGGCGACUCCAAAGCCCCCAUAUGGGAUGCCCCAAGUUCUCCAGGCGCCGCAAGGGGUGCCUCCCUUCCCGACUUCUCCCCAGCCGGCGGCACCGCCGGCCGGUCCGCAGGGUCCCCAGCGGCUGGAGAGUGCCGCAGGACCCAGACAACCCCCCGCGACUAACGCCCAGCUACCCGGCCAGGCGCAACUGAAGUGGGAGCCGCCCUAUCAGCCAAAUGCGCCAGGACCCCGCCAUGCCAAUGUGAGCGCGAACGUGCAGCACCAUGCCCCCCAGGUGUUUCCUGGCCCUCCGCAUACCAUGCCCUCGCAGCGGCCGCCUCAACCAGCGUCGCCGCACCCGAGUCCUGCUCCUUUGCAAGGACAACCCGUUAGGCAGCAGCCGCCGCCACCGCCACCACCGCCGCCGCCGCCGCCGCCGCAGCAGCAGCAGCCGCAGCAGCAACAGCCAGUCUUUAUUGCUCCGCAAGUUGCCGGGCAGUUUGCGCCGCCGCUUCAGUCCCCGCCAAUCAGGUCUCCAGUCGACACAGGCGGCGGGCAGGCGUCAAGCCGGCAGCAGCCAUUGCUUCCGAGUCCGGGGCCGAGCACUGUGCCACAGCCGCAGCCUCCUGCGCAUGGGCCCCCACAUCCGGGCUAUUCCCUCCCGACCGCGGGACAGCCGCCGCUGGUUCAGGCCCCCCAGGCUGCCCAACCGCAUCCGGGUCGGGCACAAACAGGCCCAGGGCGGAGCCCGGUGGUCCCGCCGCCGUCUCCUGCGACGCCCCUUACCGGCCCGCCCAGAGCCGCCCACGGCCUGGCUGCCCCGCCGCAACAGCGACCGCAGCCCCAGAAUCUGCAAGCUCCGUUGUUGAGCCAGCCACAUGCAGGGCCAGGUCUUGUAUCUCCGGUUCCGCUCCCGUCAGAUGGGGCACAACAGUAUAGCGCCCCGUAUCAGCCACCCAGGCCCGCCGCUGUGGACCGCAUUCAUCCUCGGCCGCUGGCGACCGCGACACCAACCCCGGCUGCUAGGUUCAGUCCUGCGCUGCCUGGCCCUCAAACCCCUAUGACAACUGUUCCAAUGAACGUCUCGCAUGGCAGCGGCACGAAGUGGCUAUCUGCCUCCACGCCCUCGACGCCGAAGCCCGGGAUUGACCUCCGCCUCGGACACGAUGACUUCCCGAGUCCGGCCUACGAACCGACGAGUCCGGUUUUGCAGCCAACAGCGCCUCCGGCGUCGGCACCGAAACGGCAAGCUGCGGAACCCAAGCAAAAGCCGGCUCGGGCGAAUGCCCCUCCGCGAGCUCAGGCUGGCGUGUCCGCUCCGCAGACGGCCGCUCAACCAGCAGCAGCACCCCAGCAAGCAGAGUCUCAGGCCACGCAGAGCUCGCUGGCGACCGUCGAACCCAGAGUUAAGGACGAGGUGACGACGCCGCGGCCGUCCACCGAAGCAGGCGACACCACUGCCGACGAGAGCGUCACAGGCCGCGCCGUGCCCACUCGAUCAAGCAAGCGCAAGCGUGAGGAUGCGACCCCAACCCCGGCGCAGACGCCCGUCGCCAGCCAGCUGCGCGACGCGCUGCCUGAAGGGCUGACCACUGCUGCCGCCUCGCCGCCCGGCGCGCCCACGCUAGUGCUCUGGACGCGCGCCUUCAACAAGGUCAGCGGCUCCGCCAUGGAGCAGAUCAUCCACCACCGCUCGGCCAACAUGUUCGCGCAGCCCAUCCGCGAGCGGGACGCCCCCGGCUACCACAAGGUGGUCAAGCAGCCGCAGGACCUCAAGUCCAUCCGCGCCGCCAUCAACCACGGCAACCGCGCAGCCGCUGCCGCAGCUGCCGCCCUGCCCCAGAGCCCAGAAGCCUUGUCGUCCUCAUCCAUCUGGCUCCCCCGCACCGAGGACCUCGCCCCGCCAAAAAGCAUCAUCAACUCCUCCCAGCUCGACCGCGAGCUCGCCCACAUGUUCGCCAACGCCGUCAUGUACAACCCGGACCCGCACCACGGCCCGGGACCGGCCUUCUUGCGCGGCGAGUCGGCCGGCGACGGCGACGGCCCCGACGACCACCUCUACCCUGAUGCCGCUGGCGGCGGCGGCGGCGGCGGAAAUGGGGGUCUACAGCAGCAGCCGCCGCAGCAGCAGCAAGACAGCGGCGUGCUGGGGUACCAGGUCGACGAGUUCGGCGUCGUCAACGACGCGCGCGCCAUGUUUGUCGAGGUCGAGAAGCUGCUUAGCGAGCUGCGCUCGGCCGAGGACAGGCGCGGCGCGCCGCCUGGGUAUGCGUAUGGGUAUGGGAAUGCUGCCGCCGCCGCCGGCGGCACGGGUGCGAGUACGUGGCAGGCGAGUGUUUCGGGGCAGCAGCAGCAGCAGCAGCAGCAGCAGCAGCAGGGCACGACGGCUGGGGAGGGUGCGGGGAGGGAUGAUGGUGGUGGUGCUGGUGGUGGUGGGGGGGACCAGGGGGAGGAGCAGGAUGAUGCGGAGGGUGGUGGUGGCAGUGGUGGUGGUGGUGGUGGUGGUGGUGGUGGUGGUGCGCCGGUGAAGAGGCGGCGGGUUACGAGGGGAUAGGGGUAUAGAAGCUGUAUAGGGAUACUUGGUCUGCGCGGUUCAUAUGAAGGCUGUUGAGGCCUCAAGCGGGUGGGUGGGUAUUGUUUUACUACGAGUACUGAGAGAAUUUGCCGCCAGAAAUGGGCUGCCUUGAAUGGGAUUAUUCGCCUGGGUGUUUGUGUCUUGGGACCUGUGCUUGGUGUCUGAGGGGGCGUUGCUUGGAAUACUCCGGCAAGUGUCGUGGUCGGGACUGCCGAACUCUGAGUUUGCUCGGCUCCCCCUGCGCGAACCCCCGGGCCUACCCUUCACUGGCGAGUCUAGGUACGUUACCCGGUUACCGG